UCAAGCUUUUCUUAACUGCGUCUCCUUUUAAUUCUGGUGUUUGGGAUGUCGGAAAGUGUAAGGGUCGUAGUUGUGGGUCCAGGAGGGGUUGGAAAGUCGGCUAUCACACUAAGUUUUGUACGAAAAGAGUUUCUUGUCGAAUAUGACCCCACUAUAGAGGAUUCCUAUUCUAAGAGCGUGGAGGUUGAUGGUAAGACGGUCGAGUUAGACAUUACCGACACUGCCGGACAAGAAGAAUUUAGAGGUCUUUGGGGCGAUAAGCACUUACAAGCUGGAGACGGUUUUCUUCUGGUGUGUUCCUGCGUUGAUGCUUCAACAUUAUCGGACUUGGAGCCAAUUCAAACACAAAUAAUUCGGAUUAAAGAAAAUUCAAAGGUCCCAAUGGUGGUCUGCCUCAAUAAAGUGGACCUUGAGGACUUAAGAGAAGUUUCCGAAGAGCAAGGAAGGGAGUUUGCUGAGAAAGCAGGGGCCCUUUACUUGGAAACUUCAGCGAAAACAUUUCAUAACAUUGACGAGGCUUUUAUCCAGCUGAUUCGAGAAAUAUUGAAAAGCCGUACUAGCUGUGGUACUGCUGCUGAAGGCAAGAAAGUGGUGAGCACUGCUGCUUCUUCUGCGGAAAACAAGCAAGCUUCCGUUUCUCCUGAGUCUUCGGGAGCUGAAAAGCCCAGUCGCACCAAGAACCCGUCUAAGAAAAAAAAAUGUAUUAUUUUGUGAUGGCUUAGACAUGCUUGCUUUCUAUUAAGAAGCUUGUUUGUCUCUUUAAUUUUCUCAAAAUCUCAGUUU